AUGGCACCAUCGUUCGAUAUCGUCAUUGUUGGAGCCGGUGUCGCCGGGCUUGCAGCUUCAAUUUCCCUCGUUGGUGCAGGACAUCGGGUCAAGAUUCUCGAAGCCGCUCCACAGUUGACCGAGAUCGGAGCUGGUAUUCAAGUGCCACCCAACUCAGUCAGGCUUCUUAGCCGCCUGGGCGUGUAUGAUGAGGUGGCGAGACUUGCAACGUGGCCUCGCAAGAUCACGAUUAAAAGAUGGCAAAAUGGUGUGGAAAUUGGCUCUACACCUCUGCUGCCCAAGAUGGAAGAAACGUACGGUUUUCCCUAUUUCUUGAUCCAUCGAGGUGACCUCCACAAGGUGCUCCUGAUGAAGGCUCAGGAGGUCGGGGUGGAUAUCCUCACUAGUUCUUUUGUUUCAAGUGUGGAUGAGGAUGCUUGCUCGAUCACACUCGGUAAUGGAAGCGUCCACAUGGCAGACGUGAUUGUCGGCGCUGAUGGCAUCAAAUCUCGCGUCCGGAAAAGUUUGCUUGGGUCAGGCGACGUCGAGAUCCGGCCCGACCCAAAUUGCGCGUACAGAACCUUGAUCCCCGGCGAACUGAUGCUUCAAGAUCCCGUCCUCAAACCUCUGAUCGAAAGCCCGACUGCAACAUGCUGGAUCGGCCACAAAGGCCACGUGAUGGCGUAUCCGAUCAGAAACGGUACACUGUACAACUUUGUGAUGUGUCAUCCGGGCUCUGUGCCCGUGGGAAAACCAAAUGAAAACGCUCCGCUGGACGACAUGCGCGCGAGAUAUAAGGACUGGGACCCGAUCAUCACCAGGCUAAUCAACAUUGUACCGCAGUGUCUGAAAUGGCAAAAUGCGGAGCUAGAGAAGUUCGAUGACUGGAGCUCGAAAUCCGGCAAAGCUGUAUUGAUCGGCGACGCCUGCCACGGAAUGGUCCCAUACAUGGCCCAAGGCGCUGCGAUGGCGAUAGAAGACGGCAUCACGCUGACCGAGUGCCUUGGUCGAGCCGAAUCAACAAAGGACAUUCCAGCAUUGCUGCGCCAUUUUGUUAACCUCCGCCGUGAUCGCUGCCACAUUAUUCUAGACGCGGCACGCAACAAUGGCGACAUUUGGCAUCUGCCCGAUGGACCGGAGCAGGAAAAGCGCGACCAAGGCAUGCGGGAGGGACCAAAGGAGACAAUCGUGGCAGAUCAAAGCGCAAAGAUUGAAAACCCCAAUAGAUGGAGCGAUCCGUCUUUUCAGCCUUGGAUGUUUGGGUUCGAUGCAGCUGCAGAGGCAAACAGAUAUCUUGACCAGCAUUGGAAGCCUUCGAAGGAUGAUCUCGUCGACGUAGACCAGCAAACUAGUUUUCUCGAGCGAUCUCUAGCAGUUCCCGUGGCUACCGGAUAA